AACGUUCUCCAUUCGCGCCCAGACUGCCGGCAGCGAUGGGCGUCCCGCGAUACGGUACUACGCCACCCGGGCUUGAGCUCGAGCGCGCCAGACGACCCCACCUGUUGAUCGUCGACGACUCGAGAGAAACGCGGGCGAGCGAAGCUGCGUGGCCACCGGAAGGGCUGGAAGGCCAGUCGGCGGUGCGCGGUAGCACAGUAGACUACGCGGCGGCCCUGCUGCUUGCAGUGAUGGCCGCCGUCCUUUUGGCUGCUGUGGGCUACCAGUGCGCCGCUACUUGGCGCUGGAUUAUGGGCAGGACUAGACGGGAAUCAGAGGAUAGUAACUGUGAUUCGUUGUCUCGUCAAGCAGCCAUACGUAUCAGCCACUCCCUGCCAGAUUUACAGACUGAACCGUUGAAGCAAGAAUAUGUCCAGGAGCAUAAAGAUCAAGGGAAAAAGGUUCUCCGUCAAACCACGUUGCCAAUAGUGCCGACGCGUCAUCAAACAUUCCAGAGACAAUUAUCCCACCGUCUGGACCUGCCUUCAAUACAGUUCAGCAUCUGUAGUCUUGAAAGGGCGGACUCUUCUAUAGGUCUUAUCAAGCCGGAGUUAUACAAAAACGAAUUGGUCCGUCAGUCGUCUACCGAUAGCGCCGAGCUGGAGUUUUGUGGGAAAUUACACUUCGCUUUGAAAUACGACCAGGAAGUUGAGGCCCUUGUUGUGAAGAUCUUCGAAGCCCGGGAUUUGCCAAUCAAAGAUGUGACGGGCAGCAGUGAUCCGUAUAUCAAAGUGUUCCUGCUUCCAGAUCGCAAAAAGAAAUUCCAGACGAAAGUCCAUCGCAAGAACUUGAAUCCCGUGUUUAAUGAAACCUUCCUUUUCAGUGUACCAUACGAGGAACUUCGCCAGCGAUACCUCCAAUUCUCCGUAUAUGACUUCGACCGGUUCAGCCGUCAUGAUCUGAUUGGUCACGUUGUGCUCAAAGGACUCCUGGAGUCGGCUGAUCUGCAUCAAGAGAUUGAGUACACAAUGAACAUCUUAGCUGCACCACAGGAAAAAAAAGAUCUAGGCGAGUUGAUGUUGUCCCUAUGUUACUUGCCCACUGCUGGACGGCUCACUGUCACCGUGAUCAAGGGUAGAAACCUAAAGGCAAUGGAUAUCAAUGGCUCAUCAGAUCCGUACGUGAAGAUCUGCCUCAUUUGUCAAGGCAAGCGCAUCAAGAAGAAGAAGACUACUGUAAAGAAGAAUACACUCUGUCCUGUUUACAACGAGGCACUGGUCUUCGAUCUGCCAGCGGACAAUGUCUUCGAUGUCACAUUGCUCGUCAAAGUUAUUGAUUAUGACAUGAUCAGUCCAAACGAGCUCAUAGGCUGCACAGCUAUAGGGUCAAGUCUGAUCGGCAUUGGCCGAGACCAUUGGCUUGAAAUGCUGGAUAAUCCUCGCAAGCCAGUCGCCCAGUGGUACCCCCUGAACAAGAGUCCACCAGCUAACGUCGUUCUGCCCUCGAGCGAUCAGCAGAGUGUCGCAUUGAACUGCUUAAACGGAAGAUGAAGAGACGGAAUGGCGAAACGUAAAGUGUUAUACGAAUAACUAGUACGGCGAAGUAUCUUGUUGAUUAAAAUCAAGGUGAUAGUACCAUCGACUAAACGCUCUCAAGAUGCCAAAUUAUAGCUGAACGUAGGAGAUAACGGUUGUAUGUCCAUUUAUCGUAGACGAGUCAAAAUGAAUGUUACGUGAUAUUGCAUGCAGAUUUAAAACUAGACUAGACGUUUAUAUGUUCGAGUAGACAAAAGAAUCUAACAAUUAGAAAAAAAGUUUGUUUAUCAAUGAUGGCGUAUUGUUUCUAAUAGGCGUAGUGUUUGAUUAUAUCCGUAUAACAGUAACAAUCACGGUACAUUUUCCUUCUUUAUAUGUGUGGGUAAUAUACAGCAAAUAUCCAUAUAUUGUACUUACAAUAUCUGUGUAUUGAUUCAAGAACAGAUAUUUUAAAUAUCGAUCAUUGAAUAUAUAAUAUCAAGUUGAAGAACACGAUCGAAACGAAUAUAUGUAGAUAUUUGGGCGGUAUAGGUGACUUCGAAAUGGGUGGAUGAACUUUUUUCCACCAUCAGUAUAUAGAUGAACCUAAUAUAUAGAUAUCGGAGGGAUAUCGAUAUUACCCAUGCCUACUUCUUUAUAAACGUUUUGUGAACUCCCUAUUUUGUUACUUCAAAUUGUUCUCUCUUGUAUACACUGUUACUUCUAUACACUUUACAUUUAUAUUGUACUUGUAUAUCUAUAUACGCACAUUUCAAAUUCAAGACUUGAUCGUAUCAUGUACAUACAUAAUUAUCAUAAAUGUUGUAUAAUAGUUGUUGUCUUUUACAAUGUAUUUGGUAUAUAUAUAAAAAAAAAUAUAUUAACUAGUCGCUAUUGUACUUCGAGAUAAGUGUCAUAUCAACUAAAAAGUAUUACAAAUUGUAAAAUGCAUUUUAUGAAAAAUCAAUUCUACACUUGCAACAAUUUAAAAGGUAGAAAUAAUAAAAAAAAAAAAAAUACGGUGAAUGUUUCAAACAUUCUUUUAGUGUCGGACAAUAAUGUAGACGGGCUUUGCGCAAUGAAAUACAUACAAUUUAUUAUUAUAAUAACAAGCGGCAAAUAUGGCCGUAUUUAAUAUAUGUACAACAGGAAACUUGAUUUUAAUUAAAUGCACAAAUACAUGGAAUAUAUUCGUUCAAUAUAUUACAUUUUUUGUAAUAUGAAAUGGAAGCUUUAAAUCGUGUUAAAAUUUAAUAUAAAUAUUUAAAAAGAAAUUAUCGGAGAUGUAAUCAGCUAAGCUGUUAAUGUUAUGGUUACUAUGUUUUAUAAGAAUGUGUAUUCAAUUUUAUUUGCUGGAAAUUAAAAAAAAAAUAGUUUGCAACAUUAUUAGGCAAUCAACUCUGUAAACAAUAUAACUAGUGUUGGAUGAGUUAUUAAAUUAUUAUAGGCAUUAAUAUUUUUAUAUUAUAAAUAAUAAUGUCCCUGUAUAAUCCUCGUACCUAACUUACACUUUGAAUGUAUAAAUCUGGUAAAAAUACAGAAAAUAAAAAUUUUAAAUGCAUACUGUAACUCUUAUGAUUAUUUUAAUUAAUUUUUAUUUUUAUCUCAAUCUUAGAAGGGUUUUCAUAAGGGCACCACAUAAUAUGUAUAAUUAAAUUACCACAUUUAAUUAGAAUAAUAUUCCAUAAGGAUAAUAUUCUGAUAGCGUUGUUUUGAAUUCUUAGAAAAUGGGAUUGAUGAAGAUUGUUUUAAAAGAAAAUUGUGAUGGAUGUUAAAAUAUAAAUUAAUUGUACACUUGAUUUUUAUAAAUAAAAAUAAGAAGAACUAUUAAAAAAUUAAAUACAAGUUUUAACAAAAAAAAAUUUAUAAUAAUUAAAUGCACUUUUAUUAUAUUUAUAAUUAAAAUUGAAAAUACAUAUUCGCACAUUAUCUAAGUAUUAAGGAUUUCCUAAAAAUCAAGUGAUCAUUCUUUUUCAAAACAAAAAUAUGACUACCACUGAAGUUUGAAAUAUUAUAAUAUUAUCACAUUAGUAGUUAUAAUGAAAAUUUUUUAUUUUAUAUCAAAUUUGCUUGGAAAAAAUCUACUUCUUUCUAAAAAGGGGAUGAAAUUUUUUCUAUACUUAAAUCAAAAUAAUAAAAAAAAAAGCAUGAAGGAAAGUUAUCCAAAAUUCAUAAUUUGUUAUUAAUUAAUAAUGCAGAAUCUUAUUUUUUUUUAAACGAAAAUUUGAGGCAACGGAAGUGCAAAAAUUUUAUUUCUUAUUCUUAAAAAAAUAUCAAUUAACAAAUUGGCUAAAAUGAGUUGUAAAUCAGGGAAAACGCUCAAGAUAUAAAUAAUUGUAAUAAAUAAUUAAUAAUAAAUUAUUAAUGAUUUAAAAUCAUAAUAAUUAGUUAUGGUAUUAGGCCGGCAGCACACCUGCAAUGCCUCUGGUGUUGAGUGUGAUCAUGGGCGGCGGUAGUCACUUACCACCAGGUGAGCCGCAUGUUCGUUUGCCUCCGUCUUAUAAAUAUAAUAAUUAAUUAUUAACUAUCACCUUUUAUAAUAAUUUAAAUAUAAACAAUUAAAUAAGUGUUUAUAUUAUAAUUUCCUCGGUGGUGGUAGUGGUAGUGGUAUAAAGCAUUAUGCACUUGUACAUGUCAUUCAGAAAAGGUUCGAUCCCCAAUUCGUGUGGUUUUCUAGCUUGUGAUUGGGUCAUUUCGGACACUUGUUAGAAAUGAAUCAUUCUUUUUCUCAGUGUACAAUGCAUAUUACUCUGUAGUAUUUCAUACUGAAUUUUAAAUUUAUUUGUCUAUUGAAAAAGUAAUUUUUGGUUGUAUCUUGAAAGCCAUGUUGUCAACUAUUGUCUAUGACUUGUUAGGGGUUCUUGUGGAAGAAGUAAUAAGGAUAAGAAUAGAAAAAACAGUCGAAGGUUCUAGUUCUGAUAGAGGGUAAUUUUUUUAUCUAAUAAUUAUAGGAGACUAACAUUUUAGAUUUAUUACAUAUUUACGAAUACAAAUUACUGUAUCUGAAAUAUUGAGAAUAUACUAAAUACCUAUCUUUAUUAUAAAAAAAAUCAAUAAACAUAUUUAUGUAAAUUUAAAUGAUAAUAUAUUUAAAAUUAAAAUAAUUAUAAUUAAUUUUAUAAUGUGCAAUUAUAAAUUAUCAUAUUUAUACUUGUUUAAUUUAGAACACCUGUAAGAAUUGACAAGUAAAUUAAAGGAAAUAACAGUACAAGAGUUGGUUGCAUGAGAUGUAAUAUUUUUGUAUGAGAAUAGGGUAAGAGUUGUACUUAAUAUAAUGUUCUUUAUACUGUAACACUAAAUAAGUCAAUGUAAGUUACAUUAUACUGAUUUACGAAUAAAAUGUUGACAUUUUUA